AGGAAGUUGCAACGUAAUGGACUUUGCUUGCAAAAAGGUUUUAGUCACUUCCACAACGACUUCUGAGUCAACAAACUUCUCCAUCAACUUAAUUAUAUGAAAAAAAAAAAAAAAAAACAUCUCCUUCCUCAUCACCACUACAUCUUUCUUCUUCUUCUUCUUCUUCUUCUUCUUCUUCAUCAUCAUCUUCAUCUUCUUUGUUUAAUUACUAUGGCUGAGUUAACAAUCUUAGGAUGGUUUGCAACUCCAAUCAUAGAAGCCAUGGUUCACAAGGCACACUCCUACAUAUCAAACCACUUGCACCUGCACCCAUGCAUGGAGGAUGAUGAUGAGCUCCGUGCUCUUGAGUCCACCCUCACCCAAAUCCUCUCCGUCGUCUCCGUCGCCGAGUCGCUGCCGAUCGCCGUCAACAGCGCCAGCCACCACCGCGCGCUGCUUCGACAGCUGAGGGACGCCGCCUACGAGGCGGAGGACCUUCUCGACGAGUUCGGGUACCUGCUCCUCAGGGCCAAGGUGGAGUCCAAGAUCAUGGUGUUGUUAUCCCCUCCCCUUGCUGAUAAAUUUAGACACAAGCUGAAGAAGAUACUGAAGAAGCUGGAUCGAGUUAAUGCCUCCGCGGAGAGGCUCCUCCAUGUUGUUGGAUUAGAAAAUGGGAAUCCUAGCAUCACUAGUGCAAGUGCUCCACCUCAACAACAUGAAGCAGUUAUUGCGCGGCGCGCCACGAGCUCCUUCUUGCUCGAAAACCAAGUUUUCGGUCGGGACAAGGAGCAAGACGAGAUGUUGAAGUUGCUGCUUGAGCGCGACAGCCGAACAGGCCUCGUCAUUUCUGUGAUCGGAGAUGGAGGCGUCGGGAAGACUACUCUUGCUCAGAUAGUUUACAACGACCGGAGAGUGGCGGACCGUUUCGAUCUGCGGAUGUGGGUUUGUGUCUCGGAGAAUUUCGACUUGUCCAGGCUGACCAGAGAGAUCCUCUUGUCAGCGUGCGAUGAUGCGAACGGCUGCUUGCUGAAUCUCGACAAGCUUCAGGAGCAGCUCAAGAAGAGAGUAGCGUCGAAGAGGUUUCUGCUUGUGUUAGAUGAUGUGUGGAAUGAUGAGAGGAUCGAGGAGUGGGAGAACAAGGACAGAUGGAGGAAGCUUCUCGCGCCGCUACGAUUUGGUGGCCGAGGAAGCAAAAUAAUCGUGACCACUCGAUUGAAAAUGGUCGCGAGAAUGCUCGACGCUGAGAAUUCAAUCCACUUGAAGGGACUAGGAGAGGAUGAUUUUUGGUUGCUCUUCAAGAAGCAUGCCUUUGGCUCGGCACAGCACAAUGAGAAUUCAGAACUGCAAGAAGUAGGCAAACAGAUCGUGGAGAAGCUACAGGGGUCGCCUCUCGGGGCGAAGGUGGUCGGGGGAAUUCUGAACACUGAAAUGAGCGUUGAGAAUUGGAAGCGUGUUCUGAGAAGUCCAACAUGGGAUGGCAUCAUGCCUGUUCUCAGAUUAAGCUAUCGAAAUCUGCCGUCGCACCUUCAGCGUUGCUUCGCUUACUGCAGUAUCUUCCCCAAAGACUGGAAGUUUGAGCCGGAUAGCCUGAUUUACAUGUGGAUGGGACAGGGCUUCCUUCGACCCGAAGAAGGGAGCAACACCAGGAUGGAAGAGGUCGGGAGAAUCUACUUCUUCGAUUUGCUGGCAAGAUCUUUCUUUCAGAUACUCGAGCACAAUUACACGACGUACUACGUCAUGCACGACAUGAUACAUGACUUAGCUCAAUCUGUUUCUAAGGAAGAGUGUUUCAGAAUCGAGGGGAGCAAUGAGCAAAAGAUCCCAUCUACUGUCCGCCACUUAUCGAUCAACACUGAUGUUCUAACACAGCUUGAGAAGAGUUGA